UCCACACCGCUGGAAUACACGCCUGCGUAAAUAUCCUCAUUUACAAUCUCCACACAAUUAAGCCCAUAUCGAUUAGGUUACAGCAUGAGACAGAACCGAGCAGACUGUCUAAUUUGACCGAUGCAUCUCAUCACAGACAGUCUGAUCCGUUCGUCGCUGAAUUAUUUAGGACAUAACGAUACAGAUGCACCGAGAAUUAAAGGCAGCAAUGCAAGAGACAGUCGAUUGAUCGUGGGUGUAAACCUCACAUGAUCAAGAAAAAAUGGAUAUGCCUUCGGAUUAAAAGCCUCCGUGCAUGCAAUAGGAGAGAAUCCACCCGUUCGAGGAGAUCCAAGCUGCUUUGAGGAAUGCAAGUGAUGGGAACGGUCUUACACGAGCGCACCGUGCGAAACUGUCAGAAUAAGCUUCGUUCGUUUGACAGAACCAAAACUAAAGCAUUUGGACAUGCACCAAGCAAGAAAACCACAAAGCCACCUUUGCAUCCACCACCGAAAAAUGGCAUCAGCCUGUCAUCUGAACCUGACUCUCAGCAAAGGUUAAGAAGGACAAUUCUGGACAAAAUGUUGAUCAUAGUGAACCCCACAGACAGGCAACACAACACUAAGAUCAAAUCUCAUACAACUUCCAAAAAUGGACAGAAGGAGAGGCGACAGAGACAAAACAGCCAUGGUGCAAAAGAGAGUGGAGGCAGGGGUAAAAGUUUGAGUGUAAGGCCUGUAAGCCCUCAUUCUGUACAAGUGGAGAGAGAAGACUCAUCAGAGUGCAGAACCGAAGCCGAGAGCUGCGUGCUACAAAGUAAAGAUGGAGAAGAGGACAGUGCCAGUGACCUCUCAGACUCUGAAAGGUAUUCUGCACUUCCCGCUCAAAUCUCUCCCCCUGACCUCAACCUUCGCGCAGAGGUCAUAGAUCCGUCUGGCUUUCAUGCUUUGAGACCUUCUUGUCGAGGGCGCAGCAAGUUCAGAGGCAGCUAUCCAGAUUUCUUACCACCUCCUUUCAAUUCCUGGAGUCUCCAGCAGCUAGCUGUGUACUUGAACACAGAAGGCAAAGGCAUUCCUCGUCCCAAGCCCAGUGGGCAGCUUGAGAGAUACCUGGACCGGCUAUUGCAAUUGGAAUGGCAUCAGAUCCAAACCAUAGAAGAAGACAGCAGGAAAUCCAAUGCCCCAUUACCUAAAGGUCGCCAUUUGACUCAUGCAUCUUCUCAUCUCAGCCUCAGCUCUCCUAAAUGCAUCCUCCAGUGCCAGCGUGCGUUCCCUUUGGCGUUACUCUCCUCUUUUGCUAGUGCACCCACCCUUCAUCUUUCCAGCUGUACCUGCCCACGUUGCCAGAAUCAGUAUCCCAUCUUGAACGUCCCAUGCCGCUCUUAUGCCUACCACCACCACCACACAAGGCUGAGUCCACUCCUGGAGAAGAAGGGUCAGGCCUCAGGUUUGCCUAAAAGGAGCAGCAGUGAGAGCAGGGCUCAUCCGCCGGAUCCCAGACACCGAUCUCGAGAGCACAGACUCAGCGACCCUCUGAGCGAGAGCAGCCACUUGAGCCGCAUGCAGGCUAUCGGUAACAUUCGCAAUCCAGUUGGUUCAACAUACAGUGUUCAACAAGUUUCUUCCACAGCUACAACAGCCAGGAAUGCCAAUAUUGGUGAAGUAAAAAAGAGAAGGACAGGACAAAGAAGUCAUUCCUGUGUGGGGACGAGGGAGGUUGGCUAUAGGGCACGAGGACGCAGUGAACAAAGGAAGACCUUUGAUGAAACACAACAGGAGAUCAAAUUAGCUUGUGUUGUAAGUUCAGAUGGGUUACACAGCUCAGGAGACUCUGCAACUAGUCGAUCGACCCGGAGGCAAAAGCAUGUUGAAUUUGUCACAGAUUAACUUCAAUACAGUGGCCUGGAAAAUGUAGGAAUGUCAUUGCAUUAGAUAAGGAAAUAUCAAACCAGGUAGCAUAUUUUCUGAGAAAUGUAUUGCAGUGACAUUAAGACAACUGAUCCCAGCGUUAUUAGUGAAUGUAAAAAGAAAAGUGUUGGGCAAAGUUAAUUUUAAAAAUAAUGCAUUACAAUAUCGUGUUACUCUUUAUCCUAUACUUAUUGUGUUACUCGUGACUUUUUAUGGAAAGUAAAAUGUCAAGUUACUUUUGCAUUA